GCGGCCAGGUUAAACUAGCCACUGGCUUCCAGCGGACGGCGGCGCCGGAAACCCCCCACAUCUCCCGGCGAUUCUCUCUAGAUUCCAUGGGUCGGAAGCGGAAGCGGAAGCGGAGGCGAACGCGGCGCGCCACCAAGGCGGAGUUGUCAGAGGAGCAACCGGGGAGAGAAAUGGCGGUAGAUGAGGCCGUGGAGGAGGAGGAGGAUGACACCGAGAUGAACCCGGCGUCGGCGGCGGCGGCUGCUGCAGGUGAGCGGGAGGAGGAGGAAGGCAUCGAGGGGCUUCUGGAGCCUUUCACCCAGGACGAGCUCCUGGGGCUCCUGGUCGAGGCCUGCCUCCGGGACCCCGCCCUUCGCUCCCGCCUCGCCGCCACCGCGGCGUCUGACGCCGCCCACCGCCGCCUCUUCGUGCACGGCCUUGGGCCCGGCGUCACCACCGCGGCGAUGGCCGCCUCCUUCGCGAGCUUCGGCUCUCUCGAUGAGUGCCACGCCGUUGCCGACCGCGCCACCGGCCGCUGCCGCGGGUACGGCUUCGUCACCUUCCGCCGCCGGUCCGCGGCGCGCCGCGCGCUCGCGGACGCCUCUAGGAUCGUGGUGGGCGGCCGGCCCGUCGCGUGCCAGCUCUCCUCGCUCGGCCCCACCUCCCCCGACCGCAAGCUCUUCGUGGACAACGUGCCCGCUUGCGCCGCACACGACGAGUUGAGGAGGCUCUUCUCCAGGUUCGGCGAGAUCGAGGCAGGGCCUCUCGGCGCCGACCGCGCCACCGGUCAGUUCCGCGGAUACGCGAUCUUCUUCUACAAGUCCCCCAAGGGGCUCACGAAGGCGCUGGAGGAGCGCAAGGUGGUGUUCGACGGGUGCGAGCUCCAUUGCCGGCGCGCUCACAGAGCGAACAAGGAGAAGCAUCACAUGGCCACGCAUGCAGAUGCAGGUGACCAAAGCAAUGACUUCGUCAGCGCUGCCUCACCCAUCGUCCAUGGCCAGCCGAAGGAGAUUGCAUUGACAUCCUCCAAGCAGACGCUUCUUGGAUCCAAUCGGCCAGUUGAGUUGAUGGUGAAGGGUCCUAGCUCAGGCACGGUUCCCUUCUGUCAAAACGCUGGGGCUGGUCUCUUAGGUGCAUUCCCUGUGGCUGCGGUUUCACCCUCUACACUAGAUCAGAGCACAAUGGUUAAUUAUUCCAGGGAUUCGACUUCGACACCCCGCAAUGAUCGAUUGGAGAUGAGCUAAACCAGGUUUGACAGAGUUUCCUUUAAUUAGAGGAACACAAGGAUGAAGGAAAAUAUGCCUUUUCUCUAAAACAAGGUGAAGAAAGAGAUAUCAAAGAGGACUCCUCCAAAUUCUUAAGUUGCUCUCUUGCCAUCAAAUGAGGGGAUUAGUUGUGAGACAAUCUCCUGCUGAUUGAAUUGUGCUUCAGCCUUCAGCUUUGAUGUAAUCUCAGGUUGUUUAUAAGCCCAGGAGGUCAGGAUGGUGGUGGUUAUGCUGGAUGAGGUGGGAGAAAAGAUGUCAAUAGUGUAACCUUGUGAUGUGAUGUCCUGGUUCCAGUAACAUAUGGCUUGCUGUGAAACUCAUCACAUCAUGUCAAAAGCAGAUGCGCUUUAGCACCUCAUUCUGUGAACAGGCUCCAGUUUCUUGGGCAAGAUCCAGUUUUCACAUAAGUACAUGACCCCCUGCUGCGCCUUGAAACUGUCCACUGAAGAUAGAUAGACUAGGAAAAGAAACUUGAGUCAAGGAGACUAUGGCAUGAUCAUAUGUUUCUUUGCCUCUCUGGAUCAAUUCUGAGGAAUAAUCUGACCAGGACUGCACUCACAUGUUGGGGGCAGAUAUGGAUUUAUACCUCGAAUGGUCUUCUGCGUCAACAAAAUUUAACUUUGUUUGUGGACGGUGGGAGGAUUCUGAAUUCUCAUUCCUGAUGAGGUCAUCGGCAUAAAUCCUAUUGAAUGUAGUAAUCAUUACAUGCCAGGUGAUGGAAAAUACUCCUAGUCCUAUAGCACUAAGAAGUUGUGGAUCUUACAGUUUUCACUGCAGUUCUGCAGUUUCCUUCUUGGACUGCUAAUCCACAAUUUGGUAUUCCUUUGUUUGAAUUUGGUAAAGUCUUAACAAACACGAUGGACUUUUUUACUUGCACUGUACUACUACUCUACAU